AAAUCGGACUCGUGUAUAUAAGAAGGCUUUCGGCAAAGUUGGACAAGGAAACAACUUUUUGACGGGAUGGUUGAUGUAUAGCCAAGCAGAGCCAAGAAGAGCAACCACCAGCAUUUUUAGCGUCGCUUGUUGACCGAGAGCUCCUGAAUCUCGCACAAAAUGGAACCCCUUCAAUGGUUGCGAUGGGAGGUGCUAUUACUCAGUUUUGCAGCCUUCUAUCUCACCAAAACCAUAUAUCGCCUUUACUUCCACCCUUUGGCCAGAUUUCCUGGUCCGAGGCUCACAGCCGCGACUAGCCUCUAUGAGAUCUAUCACGAUGUUUUCCGGGGCGGAAAGUUUCUUUGGGAAAUCGAAAAGAUGCACGAGAAAUAUGGGCCUAUCAUCCGAAUCACCCCGAAUGAGCUCCACAUAAAAGAUCCCUCCUUCUACAAUGAGAUUUACACCUCCGGCUCCCGCAAACGCAACAAAGACCCGAACUUUGUCGGGCUCUUUGGGUCUCCGACUUCCAUGAUCGCAACCAUUGACCACAAUCAUCACCGGUUCCGUCGGGGUAUAUUAGGUCACCUGUUUUCAAAGCGCUCAAUCAUAAACAUAUCACCACUAAUCCAGGCCAAGGUGCAGAGACUCAUGGAGCGAUUGCAGCAGUUCUACAAGGAUGACAGUGUUGUCGACCUUAGCGCCGGGUUUGCAGCACUUACCGCGGAUAUUAUUACAUCCUACUCAUACGGCGAGAGCUGUGAUUUCCUCGAGAAUAAGACAUUUCGGAGUGAAGUGCGGGAUGCGAUUAUUGAGACUGAGAAACUGGACCACAUCACUCGAUUGUUCCCGUCCGUCUUGACAGUCCUUCGCCACGUUCCGCUUUGGCUCUUUGCAGCCGUGAAGCCCGCGACAGCGGUCGUGGCUGGGAUUCAGGAACAGGUCGCUGAGAAGUCAGCGAGCGCAAUUCGCGCUGCUGAAUCAGGAAAAUCGCAGGGGACUCUGUUUGAUGCGCUUACAGACCCGCACAUUCCAGCGCCGGAACGGACGCUCUCAAGAAUUCACGAUGAGGGCAUGAUUCUGCUGAGUGGGGGUACUGAACCCACAGCGAAUGCGUUGACGGUUGCUGCUUUUCAUAUUAUCCAUAACAAGGAUAUUUUGUCCACCAUGCGGGCGGAAAUCCAGGAAAGCGGGAUUGAGGAUCUCAAGACAGUGUCUCUGGCCGAACUUGAACAGCUGCCGUAUCUCACUGCCGUCGUUAAUGAAGCCCUUCGCCUCUCUCACGGGCUCACCAUUCGGCCUCCGCGAGUCGCACCGAAUGAGACUUUGAAGUAUAGAGACUAUAUCAUCCCAGCCAAAACCCCAGUGAGCAUGUCAAGCUACUUCGUGCAUAUGGACCCGACUAUCUUUCCAGACCCUACUUCCUUCGACCCAAAUCGCUGGGAAGAAGCGCGCAAACGGGGCGAUAAUCUCACACAAUUCAUAACUUCCUUCGGGAAAGGAAGUCGGCAAUGCAUUGGAAUCAACCUCGGUUACGCAGAACUCUACUUCACUCUUGCCUCGUUUGCAACAUACUUUGACUAUGAACUGCAUGACACAACCGAAGCCAGUGUCCGCGUUGCACGGGACUGUGGUGUUCCGUUCCCCGAGACUGGCCAUUUUAUGGUCAGGGCUAGGGUUGUGGGUAGUAUAUAUCCGGGUCCUACUAGUGAAGGGGCUCCAUGAUUUCAAACGAGUGGGUCAUGAGUAGUGUACUAUGGUCGCCAUACCUGUAUUGCAGAUAAAAGCCUCAUUAUCCCCAGGACAAUGUCCGCCAUACAGACAUCCACUGUGAAGUCACCCACGAUAGAUGUCCAAAAAGCCUUGAAUUUUG